CACACCACCCCCCGGCGCCCCGCCUGGCGCACCUCUCCUCUCCUUUGUAUCUCCUGCCGCCACUGCUCUCCCGGCCCCGGUCCCGGCACCAUGAGCUUCGGCUCGGAGCACUACCUGUGCGGCCCCUCCUCCUACCGCAAGGUGUUCGGAGACGGCUCUCGCCUGUCCUCGCGCCUCUCCGUGGCGGGCGGCGCGGGCAGCUACCGCUCGCAGUCGCUGUCCCGCUGCAAUGUGGCCUCCUCGGCCGCCUGCUCCUCCGCCUCGUCGCUCGGCCUGGGCCUGGCCUACCGCCGGCCUCCGGCGUCCGACGGGCUGGACCUGAGCCAGGCGGCGGCGCGCACCAACGAGUACAAGAUCAUCCGCACCAACGAGAAGGAGCAGCUUCAGGGCCUCAACGACCGCUUCGCCGUGUUCAUCGAGAAGGUGCACCAGCUGGAGACGCAGAACCGCGCGCUCGAGGCCGAGCUGGCCGCGCUGCGGCAGCGCCACGCUGAGCCGUCGCGCGUGGGCGAGCUCUUCCAGCGGGAGCUGCGCGACCUGCGCGCGCAGCUGGAGGAGGCGAGCUCGGCUCGCGCGCAGGCCCUGCUGGAGCGCGACGGGCUGGCCGAGGAGGUGCAGCGGCUGCGGGCGCGCUGCGAGGAGGAGAGCCGCGGGCGCGAAGGCGCGGAGCGCGCCCUGAAAGCGCAGCAGCGCGACGUGGACGGCGCCACGCUCGCCCGCCUGGACCUGGAGAAGAAGGUGGAGUCGCUGCUGGACGAACUGGCCUUCGUGCGCCAGGUGCACGACGAGGAGGUGGCGGAGCUUCUGGCCACGCUGCAGGCGUCCUCCCAGGCUGCGGCCGAAGUGGACGUGGCCGUGGCCAAACCAGACCUGAGUUCAGCGCUAAGAGAGAUCCGCGCCCAGUAUGAGUCCCUGGCCGCCAAGAACCUGCAGUCAGCCGAGGAGUGGUACAAGUCCAAGUUUGCCAACCUGAACGAGCAGGCGGCGCGCAGCACCGAGGCCAUCCGGGCCAGCCGCGAGGAGAUUCACGAGUACCGGCGCCAGCUGCAGGCACGCACCAUUGAGAUUGAGGGCCUGCGUGGGGCCAAUGAGUCCCUGGAGAGGCAGAUCCUGGAGCUGGAGGAGCGACACAGUGCUGAAGUGGCUAGCUACCAGGAUAGCAUUGGGCAACUGGAGAAUGAUCUGAGGAACACCAAGAGUGAGAUGGCACGCCACCUUCGGGAAUACCAGGACUUGCUCAACGUUAAAAUGGCUCUUGACAUCGAGAUAGCAGCUUACAGGAAACUGCUAGAAGGCGAAGAGACACGUUUUAGUACCAGUGGAUCGACUAUUUCAGGGCUGCAUCCACUUUCCAACCCCGGUUAUCUGCUCCCACCCAGAAUCCUCAGUUCUACAACCUCCAAAGUCUCAGCCACUGGGCUGUCUCUUAAGAAAGAGGAGGAGGAAGAUGAGGAAGAGGCUUCUAAGGUGGCCUCUAAGAAAACCUCCCAGAUAGGGGAAAGUUUUGAAGAAAUAUUAGAGGAGACAGUAACAUCUACUAAGAAAACCGAGAAAACAAAUAUAGAAGAAAGCACCAUUUCAAGCCAAAAAAUAUAAUUCUGUUGCUUAAAAAAAGUUAAUGCUUAAGAGGGGAUAAUAUGCAUUUGACUUGUUCAACAGCCUAUUCCUAAACCAAAACACCUGUCACCACCAUACAAUGUCUUCAAGUCUUCAGUCUCAAAGUUAGCAUUGAAUACUUACUUUCUCUAAUAAGAAAUCCACCCCUUAGAUUGGAGGGAACUGCAGUCCUAGAGCCAUCACAGAGGAGUUGUCUAAGGACACAGCUUUCUCACCGAAGGCUCAGGCUUUACAGCGAUAGAUGAUUCCAGUACAGAGGAAGUACAACGGUGCUAAAUCUGUGAUCAUCAGUCGCUGUGAAUUGAAAUUAAAACCUCUAUUCACUCACUAUAACCAGCCAUUACCCAGCUAUAUAAUCUCACUCUAGAUACCUAAAAUAUAAAAUCACUGCCAAAGAUAAACCCAGGGUCCACCACCGACACUACUCUGAUAAAACUGUUCCACAAAUGUUUGUUUAAUGGACACUUUUCCUCCCAACCCCCUCAAUUCCACAGAUCCUUUUCUUCCAUUCUGGGGAAAAAAAUAAAUAAAUAAAGGCUAGUCUAGUAUUCUUCCCUUUUAAACAUGUUUAGGCUCUUCU